GAGGAAGAGGAGGAGGAAGAGGAAGGCUAUUGUCCUCGAUGCCAGGAGCUGGAGCAGGAGGUUAUCUCAUUGCAACAAGAAAAUGAAGAACUCAGAAGGAAAUUGGAGAGCAUCCCAGUGCCCUGCCAGACGGUCCUAGAUUACCUAAAGACAGUGCUACUGCACCACAACCAGCUCCUGCCACAGCCCGCCGACCAGCCCACCGAGGGAAGCAAGCAGCUGUUGAACAACUAUCCUGUCUACAUAACGAGCAAACAGUGGGACGAGGCUGUAAAUUCUUCCAAGAAAGAUGGGAGACGGCUCCUUCGAUACCUCAUCAGAUUUGUUUUCACAACCGAUGAGCUUAAGUACUCAUGCGGCCUUGGGAAAAGGAAAAGGUCAGUGCAGUCAGGAGAGACAGGUCCCGAAAGACGCCCUCUGGAUCCAGUUAAAGUCACGUGCCUCCGAGAAUUCAUUAGGAUGCACUGUACCUCCAACCCUGAUUGGUGGAUGCCUUCAGAGGAGCAGAUAAACAAAGUGUUCAGCGAUGCUGUGGGCCAUGCCCGACAGGGACGGGCAGUGGGGACUUUCCUGCACAACGGCGGCUCAUUUUAUGAAGGGAUGGAUCACCAGGCUUCCCAAGAUGAGAUCUUCAACAAGAGUUCACAGGAUGGAUCUGGGGACUAGUGGAAAGAACCUUCCCACGUAGCAGCGGUGUUUUUGUGUUUGGUUUUUUUAAAGAGCUCCAGUUGUGGAUGUCCAUUUCCUUGUCACCUUAGAGUCCAAAGCAUGUUAUUCUGUCGUACUUUACACAUUCUCAGACUUAAAACUCUUGACCCACUGCCACGGUUCCUAAAUAGAAAUCCACUUUAAGGUUUUCUGGGAAGUCUCUGGUACCCACAGUAGGUUUGGGGUGUGUUAUAUCACAGGAAAAGGUACAGUCAUAAAGUCAUACUAGGUUGACAUCAGGGGUGUCUCCUGUCCCAAGUCUUCAAAUCUGCCUGGCCUCCUGAGCAGAGCUGGUCUCCUGGGAAGGUUCAGUUAGUGUUCCUGCACAUGGGGGAAGGGAAGACACAGUUGUUUUAAGGAACAAGCAUUUUCUCAUUUAAUUCAAGUAAGUUUUCUUUCAAUUUUCCAAAGACUUGAAUUCAGAGUUCUUAGCAAAGAGGAUAGGUGACACUGUAAGCUCCUGUAUGUCAUAAACUCUUACUGAUUAGAAGCCAGAGAACAGAGGCCAUGUCUUUAGAUGUUCAAGGGAAGGUCAGUCACUUUUCUGUUAAUUUCAUAGACAAAAUUCACUGUGUCCAUCAGAAAGGCAGUCUGGUUUCUGUGGUUUACAAGCAGAUUUUCUUUAUAAAGAUAUAAAGAUUUUCUUUAUAUCUUUAGGAAACAUCCAAAGAGUCAAAACUAUUUUCAGAAGCCUUGAUGCACAGCUUCCAUAGCCUUAAGUCGUACUCUGUGGACACUAUGCCAGGGAGGUGGGUUAGUGAGAACUCCCAUGACCUGGCUGUUUGGUAAGACCAAGCAUGGAGUAUGACUUAUGGCAUCUGCUACUACUGACCGGGGGUCGGGCAUUGUAGACGCAGCUUCAAGGCCAUUCUGACAACUAUGCAAUGGCUUGUUGAUGAUUUCUCUUGAGGACCUUUCUGGGCUGGGUUAGAAUGUAUGGAUCUUCUGUUUCCAUUGUCAUGGAUGACAACACUUUUUCCAGCUGUGCCUCUCCUUUCUGCACAAGUCCUCUGCAGUCUAAGCUCUGCUUCCCUGGUUAAUCUGUGGAAUCCAUAUGGGAGGUUAGUGGUGCCCUGGGAGCCAUUUCCCAGCAGAGGCUACAGAGGUGCUAGAAUGGUUUUUGAUAAGGACUCAGUUUUGGACUUGAGUGAUUUGCUUACCAAAUGAGUCAAGAUUACUGUGUGCUUUGUGGAACCAAGAGCUACAGGGACAGCAUUUAUUGAAGACUGUGAAUGACAUCUACGAACACAGUGAAGAGUUUUGGAAAUGGGAUAGAAAUUCAGACUGUAUCCAUUUAGAAAAGGACUUUUGGGGAGGCCAGUUUUGUCAAAAUAAAUCACAUCCUUUAUAUUCAAUAUUUAGCAUCAGAUUUUGAACAAAUUGGCUGGGCAGUUUAGAAGUAAAAGAAGUUGAGUAAAUGAGCUGUCGCUUACAAUGGGUAAGAGCAGUGUCCUUGGCUAUCCAAGGGAAGGGGGUAUUUCUUAAUGUGUGCUCAAAGGUCUGGGAAAUCUGUCCUAGGGAAUUUCCAGUGCCAUGAGCCCACCAUCCCCUCAUCUGCAUGCCCAUCUUCCCUUUGCACUGGGCUUCAGUGCCUCUUGCUUCUGGGUAUGUUGUCCUUGCAAUAGCAGACAUGUUUAGCAGCUGCUUUUAAGGGGUGCAGACUUGCAGGCUGUGUCUUUCCCCUAUAAGUUUGAGGAGUCUGGACAUGCCUUCUGUGCAUCAUGUUGGAGCCCACAGUGGUGCAGGUCUUCACUAAAGGUGACAGGAGCAUUUUGGGCACCAACUCUCUGAGCCUUUGACUCACCACAGCUGUGAGGCAGGGACAGGAACCUCCAGACUGGCAGUUGCUUCCGCCACUUGAAAGGGCGCCCAUGCUAGUCUUAACACUGACUUUGCUCAACUGCCUGCUCUCUGCCUCUCAUUCUCACUCCAGGUGAAUGUCUGCUCUGUCAAGUUUCCCACAAGUGACCAGUUCUGAAACAGUAUAAGUAAUACUGACCAACGUGCACAUGAGGAAACUAAGGACUGCAGCGUUGACUUCCUCAGCAUCUGCAGCCAGUUUGCAUGUGUGUCCUGAGCCUAGGACCUAUAGUCCUCAGCCACAGUCAAGUGUCCAUUUUUCCUGCCUCUGUUUACAUGAUUACUGUUUUGUUUAGCUUAGUGAAUUCACUGCCUGAUACCAGCAGGCAGCCACUUAAGACCUGUCUCAGUACUCUGCUGGCUCUUUCUUCUAGUGUGUAUCCAUUUAAGGCUGGGUGCUACUCAGGUCAUGCUGGGCUCCUAUGUGGUCACCUGAGUGUUAAAUCAGCCUGCAAAAGGUGCCAUGUCUGGCAGGGAUUCAGAGCUCACCAUUAAUCAGGCUACCCCGAUCUCUCCACAAGCCUUUGAUUUAAUGUCUGGAGGUUAGAGGAUGUUUGUCUUGUCAGCUUGGUUUGAUUUUCCACAUCAUUCUCGAAGUCAGACACAUUGCUCUCCCAACACAAAACUCAGUCCUCUGUCAACUUUUAGAAUUACCCUGAGUCAUUUAGUGUUGGUUUGAAGUAGACUUGAGUUAAAAACAGCUCAGGAUGCAGCUGUGCAGUUUCAUUGGUGAGAGAAAUGUGGUUGCCAGGCUGUCGUGACUAAAUGUGAUGUUUUUGUCUGUUAUUAGGUAAAGUCUUGUGUCCUGGCUUUCAGAAGUUCCAUGGUUAAUAGUGACAUUGCCGUGGUGUAUUAUUCUUUUUCCAAAUUAAAAUGCCUGCUUCUCACAGUGAUUGACUUCCCAGGCACAGAUCUUGCCAAGAGGAGGGUGGUCCUGGAAUGACCUGUCAGGGAACUGGGACCAGGAGCCGACAGAGGGGAGCAGUGCUCUACAAACAUUUGAUAAGGUCACAUUUCUCACCAGCCCGUUUGUGGGUGCACUGUUCAGCUUCUCAUGGUAUCAAGAAAACUGAAGCAUUUCAAAUUGUAGCUUUUUUGCUUGAAAGUAUUUCUGCUGGGCCUUAACCCUGUUCCUUGUCCAUCACAGCAUUUGGGGAACUGUCGCCAUGUGUUUCAUAAGGCUUCCCCUAAAAAGGUAGUAGAGAGUAUAGGAGCGCAAGAGUGCUGUCAUCUCUUGGUCAGGUGUUGAGGGACACAUGUCAGCACUCGAAGCUGUAGUCAGCAGGUGGUUCAUGUGUCAUCCCUGACCCUUCAUCAGGAUGAUAGGAGACAUGUAAUUACAAUUGUAUUUAACACAGCUACUCCCCAUGGCAUCAGGUUAUGGUCACUGAUAGCAAUAGGAAUUUUUUAUUAUUCAGUCCAGUAAUAAUUCUUGAAAUAAUAGAUGUUUACACAAAAUCUAAACAAUAACUCAAACUGAGGAAUCUGCAGGUUUCCGAUUUCUGCAUAUCCCUGCCAUUUAUGACUUGUGCCUCUUUUCUGCAACUCUGAGAACGUGGAUGGAGCUCUAUGGGAAGAUGUGCACCGUGUCCAGAACGAAAACAUUCACUGCCCUCAUUUGAGUUGUUUUUUGUUUGUUUGUUUUGUUGCGGUGUAGGGGUGAAACAUUGUUCAGUAUGUGCUCUAGACUAGCCCUGACACCCACCGACUACCUCCUUAGUUUCUAUAUAGACCCAUUAUCUUUUUUGGGUUAAAGGUCAUUUUUUGGUGACUUAUAGAAAAGAUUUUAAAUGCUGUACCAUGUCACAGUACAGGUCUGUGUUAAUCUGUGACUGCUUUCCCAUGCGGAUUUGGAGAAAUGUGAUAGAAAAUGGUUUUGCACAUACAGUAUGAGUCUUGCUGGUGUGUGUGUUGGAUGUAGCGACACUUGCCAAAACUGCUUGGCAAACACGUCAAGAGGGAUGCUUGAGUCACAACUCUAAUGCAAAUGUGUCGAAACAGCAGUGUGUGUCAUUAUGGUGUAUUUUUGUAAACACGAUGGUGACUUCUUUCAGUUAUACAAGUACUAGAUAAAAAUAACACUUGAAACACUGGAGGAAAAUGUCACUUAGCUGAUCACAGAGCUACUUGCAUUAUCAGCCAGGGCAUCAGUGUGUGUGUGUGUGUGUGUGUGUGUUUACAGGAGAGGGACGAAUUGACAUCAGCAAUGUGGAAGACAAAAAUAAUACCCAUCACCACUUUUUGAAGGGUAAAGUACGUUGGCUCAUGCAAUUACACAUUAGAGGCUGCUUGCACUCUCCAUAGUAUAUUGAAUUUGGAGAAAUGUUGAAAACUGGAAUUAUCAUAUUUAAUGACUGGCUUUGUCAGUCUUGACUAUUUAAGGCAGUAAAUUGCCAAAACUUGGCUUGUGAACUCCCAUAGCUGACUGUAAGGGCUGUGCUCUUACUGAAUCACAGUUUCUCGAACUGCAGUGAAAGUGCAUCUGCUAGUGAGACCCAUUCGAAAACCUGGGACACGCUGAACAGUGGCCCCAGUACAAGUGGCCCAAUGAGCCUCAGCAUGUUGCAGAAUUAUUUGGUCCCAUUGGAAAUCACUCCCGUGGCAAUAGUUAAGUACAGCUACCUAAGUGUAACUCCGGAUUUCCUGUGUGCUAGCUGCUUCAAUAAGCACUUUAAUGUAUCCUUCCUUAUAACCCGCACAGCUGCCCUAAGCUGUCACCGCCCAGGGUGCUCACUGGAGGUCACUUUGAGUUCCAUAAGCAGAAUGACCCUUUCUGUUUGCCCCAGUCAAGCAUAGCACUCAAAGUCUGCCGACACUUUGGAGUGAACUUUUUUUUUCUUCUGCUACCGAGGGAAAGCUUGUAUUUAUAUCAAUCGCUACAUCUGCUUUGGAAGUACACAGGUGCUUAAUACAAGUAUGUGAAGCUUGGGCCUCCAGGAGUUCCUACAGGGCUGGCAUGAGUUGUGGCCUGUGUGACAUCCUGUAAGGCAGACCAGAAACUCUUAAGGGAAGUGAAGACAUCAGAAGUCUAGUUCCCUUCUACUUGUGUUUUAGGUUCCCUGUACAAAGAUGCAGGAACAUAAGAGAAAACUGAAUUUUGUGACUAGAUCCUCUUGGGGAACACCUGGUGAUAGCAAUGGGUAUUGACCAGUGUUCCCAUCUCUGUGUGGCUGGUUUUGCAGCCUCCUGGUAACACUUAAAAUUCAGUGGAACAGGAGGUUUUAACUGACAAUGUCACUGUGAGAAUUGUAGAGGAGAUUAUGUAAAGGAUAUAGUGACCUGUUGAUUUUUGCCCCUGUAGUUUUAGCUUUAACAUCCUUGAGAGCAUGCCAAAGCCACAAGGGGCCCGGCUUGUGCCUCUUAGGAGCAAGCCCUGCUGGAGUCAGGUAGGGAACUCGGUCACUGUCUAGCCUGACCUUGCCCAGGCUAAGCCUCUGCAGAAUGGCAUGUAGCAGCUAACACUGGGGCCAGUUGCCUUUACUCUAUUUUCUAUGAUGAAUACUUGUGGAGAAACUGUGACAAAUCCAUUGAUCCUAAUAUUUUUAUUGUUGGAGUCUUGUGGCUUCUCUGAAUAAUUUCUAUUUGAUUGUACUGUGUGGAAUUCAUACACACUAGGGAUAUGUUAAUAAAGGUAAAAUGCAUAGUAUAAUAUAGAAUAGCAAAAAAUUUUGUGAACAAUUUAUAUAGAAGAGUAAGUUGUUUUUUAAGUGUUAGGCCAUUUCUUUUAGGAACCUAAAAUGUUAUAAGAGUUUUUUAAACAUUCAAUAUUUUUAAUUAUAAGAGACAUUUGUUACUAGAGCUAAUUAUUUCGGGUGUUCUAAUUGGAAUAUUGAUUUUCUUACCUCAUAUACCUCUAGAAUGCCACAUGUUCUGUUGGGGAUAAAAUUGCACAAUAAAUGUCAAGUUACCUGUUAAUGUU